CUCUGGGUACAUCCAAAGCAAGACUGGCCUCAAAGACACAGAGAGGGAGACAGAAAGCGGGGGUGACAAGAGCACGAAUGAGAGGAAGCAGGGCCCACCCGGCUCCUUCUGCUCCCAGGUGCCCGGCGCAGAACUGAAGAGCCUACGCUACGUCAGGAGCAAAAUUCCUCCCUGGCUCCUGACUGCAUGAACCCCGCUGGGGAGUGGGACUCCAGGGAUCAUGGAGCCCUUCAGCUCAAGAAACCUCGCCCUGCAGGCAGAGAAAAAGCUCCUGAGCAAGCUGGCUGGGAGGUCAGUGGCGCACCUCUUCAUCGACGACACCAGCAGCGACGUGCUGGAUGAACUCUACAAGGUGUCCAAAGAGUACACCCACAGCCGGGGCGAGGCCCAGCGGGUCAUCAAGGACCUGGUCAAGGUGGCCAUUAAGGUGGCGGUGUUGCACCGAAAUGAGCAGUUUGGCCCCGGGGAGAUGGCGGCGGCUGACCAAUUCCGCCAGAAGCUGCGCCAAGGCGCCAUGACCGCCCUGAGCUUCGGUGAGGUGGACUUCACCUUCGAAGCGGCUGUGCUGGCGGGUCUGCUGACGGAGUGCCGCGACACCUUACUAGAGCUGGUGAGGCACCACCUCACGCCCAAGUCUCACGGCCGAAUCCGCCACGUCUUCGACCACUUCUCAGACCCCGGCCUGCUCACGGCCCUCUACAGCCCCGGCUACGCGCAGCACCUCAGCAAGAUCUGCGACGGGCUCAGGAAGCUGCUGGACGAGGGAAAGCUUUGAGGCCUGGUGUCCUGGCUCCGUCUAUCCCAACGAGGGGGCAGCCUCCCGACAGGCAGCAGGCCAAGGCUCUCUGGCCCCCCAGCCCCCUUGGGGCUGGGUUGGGUCUCCUUAGAGUGCGGCUUUUACCCUCGAGUGCGAGGCCCCGGGGGUUCACAAGCCCUUCCCUCCCCUGUGCCUCUGGCCACCAGGACAGGAAAUGAAGCUGCCUGAAAAAGGUGAAGUGAAAGUCGGACCUUCCACUUCCCCAUGGUAUGGACACAUGGUAUGGGGAAAUCCCUUCCAGGAAGAGGGAGGACAGCACCCCAAGCUGCUGACUAGGGGACGGGAGGGCGGAGGAGGGGUGUCAGACUCAAAGCCAGCCCAGGGGGCCAGGCCUGGGGCCAGUCUGGGUGGAUGCUGGAAGCCUUGCCCCCAGAGAAGGUCAGGGCAGGGGAAGAUACUCAGAAGGGAAAUAAACCUGCUAAACCAUG